AUGAAGACGGACAAUGACCAACGAAAGCUACCCUUUUUCAAGUCCGCUAUCCCAAUUGACCGCCAGCGAAAGGCCUCCGUCCAAUGGCAUCGCCUAGUACGGUCGCUGUUGUACUUGAUCGCUUGGAUCUUUUUGGUGCUGGUAGUCAUUGGCAACACCUAUAAUAGACCAGUCAUACGCAGUACCUAUUUCCUCUACCUCGAUCUGUCCAAUGUGAUUCCAGUCUCGAUUCCAAAUGCCGUCCUGAUCAACUCUAUCGCCCAAUCUAUCGGUCUGCAUGACUUUUACCAGGUCGGCCUAUGGAACUUCUGUGAAGGAUAUAAUGGACAGGGCAUCACGCACUGCUCCAAACCGGAGACUCUCUAUGCCUUUAAUCCUGUGGAUAUCAUCCUUAAUGAACUGUUAGCUGGUGCUACCAUCGCUCUCCCAGCCGAUAUCGAAAGCCCGUUGAAACUAGCUCGUACCGCUUCCCACUGGAUGUUCGGUCUUUUUCUCGCUGCGGCAGUCCUCAAUUUCGUCCUGAUCUUCGUCGCCCGACUCGCCGUAUCCUCGCGACACCCGCGGAGCAUUAAAGCCUGGGCAGCAGGCUACCGCGAUGGUCAUUCGCCCGUCGGGAAUCCACCCCACCGCCGUCGCACCUUCGUUUGGCUGCGCGCCCUGCCCAUGCUGAUUCUGACAUUUUUCACUGCACUGGUGACGAUCGCCGGGUCCAUUAUCGCAACGGUCAUGUUCGUGAUCUUUGCCAAUGUCUUCUCCAACGCCGACCAGAGUAUCAACAUUCAGGCCCACGUCGGUACCCAGAUGCUGGUCUUUAUGUGGAUCGCUUCAACGUUCAGUCUAUUGGCUUUUAUUCUCCAGAUUGGUUCAUGUUGUGCGGCUUGCUGUCGUGGCCGGAGGGCGCGUAAGCAGCUCAAGUCGCAGGGUAUCAACUGGCACGAAAAGGGCGCGGUUGCCCCUGUGGUGCCCAAGGAUCGAUGA